AUGAUAUCACAGGCUUGGUCUACCUCACACUUCUGUAAGGCUUACACUGCUGUGAGGCUCACACUGCUCAAUCUGAGAAACAAUCUGCUCACAGGGAAGGUCCUCGAGCCCGUGCCACCAGCAAUUAAGACGUACAAGCUAGACAACAACUACUUGAGUCAGGGGUUCUCCUCCCCCCCGCCGUGCGGGCAAGGCUACAUCACGUACCACACAAACUGUGCGGCCACGCCAGCAGAGGGCCUUGCAUGUGCUGACAGCCCUCAGAAGACCGACCCUGUGUGCACUGCCUUCUGUGGUGUCAACGGCACCGCCACCCCCCCUGUGGACGCCUGCAACGGCCAUGGCGUAUGCUUCUUGGACGGCCCCAGGAACACGCCCACAUGCCUCUGUGACGAUAACUUCGUGGUUGGGGAGUUCCCUGGCAGCUGUGUGCCUGUGGCAGGUGGUACGACGGAGCAGCAGCAGACCCCCACAGCAGCCACGCUCACAGCCACUGGUGACGCCUCAGUGGAUGCUGCAACAGCCACGCUCACUCUCACGCCCGCCCAGCCGUCCAAGGCUGGCAGUGUGUUCCUGGCAGCGCGCGUGCCGCUCUUCUCCUACCAGCUCAUUGGGGACUCCUGCGGCCGCGAGCUCGCCUUCUCCUCCAACUUCUCUUUCACUCUCACCCGCUCUGCUGCCUCUGGCUCCGAAGGCUUUGCCUUUGUGGUGGCCUUUGAUGCCACCCCGCCCACAACAUCGGUGGUGGGCGGCAUGGGGUAUGCGGGGAUGGGAGCGCGCAGCGUGGCAGUGGAGUUUGACACGUCGAUGGAUGCGGGCAACAGCGACCCUGACAGGAACCACUUGGGCAUUAACACCGGCGGCAAUGUCACGUCGGUGGUCACAGCCAAGCCCAGCACCUCUCUCAAUGACGGCAAGCCCAAGCACGUGUGGAUCGAGUACGACCCUUCCUCCAGUGGCUCUCUACGUGUUUUCCUCUCCUCCCAGGCGUCCCCUCGCCCCACCACACCCCUUCUGUCGGCACGCAUCUCCCUGUGUGAGGAGCUCGCCCCCUCCCCAUCAGAGUACACCUUUGCCAUCGGCUUCACUGCUGCCUCCGCCAUUCAGCCUCAAAGCCAUGUCGUCUCCGCCUGGACCGUCUCCACCUUUGCAGCGCGGGGAUUUACCUUCAGCGAGGCGGCGCUCUCUCCGUCGGGGAUGAAUCUUUUCUUCCGCUACGCCAGCUCGGGCAGUGUCGCUGCUGAGGGUGGCCGGGACGUGUACGGCGUGCGCCCAGCAACUUCAUGGGCUAGGCCUGACUUCACAUGGCCUGUCAGGACUCAAACCGCAUGCGGCGACUGCUGGGCGUACGCAGUGGUGGGCAGCGUGGAGGCGGCGCUGGGCAUUAUCGCCAACACCUCAGCGGCGCCGGUGCUGUCAGUGGAGCAGCUGAAGGCCGCCAUGAAGGUCGGCUGCUCUGGCAGCACGCCCUCUCAGGCCUUCCAGCUGCUGCUCAAGCUGGCGCAAAAAGGAGGCGGGCUCAUGCCGGAGAGUCAGUGGGCGGCCGAGAAAGGCAAGAAGCUUGCGAAGGCAGGCAGUACCAGUAUCAGUCCUCUCUGCGCGCCGCUUAUGAAGCCACUGGCGAAGCUGUUUGGUGUGGCAUGCACCAAGGCCAAUGGCAGCCAGCUGCCCGGAGGGUUCCCUAUCAAGGGCUUUGAGUCGACGUCCUUCUACGGCUGGUUUGGGCUGCUGCUGGCCGUGCAGCGGCAGCCAGUGGUGGUGCACAUUGAGGCUUCCGCUAACACGUUCAAGAACUACGAUGGGGUGAGGCGAGCAGUGCAGUUGUGA